AUGAAGAGCUAUAUAUCUGCCUUAAUUAACUCUUUCUUCAGUUCAAGGACAAAGAACUACCAGCGUAUCUUGUCCUUGGCAUUUGCUGUCAAGGAGAUAAAUGAGAACCCUGAACUUCUACCAAAUGUCAGCCUUGGCUUCCACAUUUAUGACAGUUAUACAAAUGCAAGGAUGACUCAUCAGAACACGCUGAAACUUCUUUCCAGUCAUAAAACUGUAGUCCCCAACUUCAAAUGCAAUAAGCAGAAGAAUCUGAUGGCCGUCAUUGGAGGACUCGACUCUGAAAUCUCCCUUUACAUGGCUACUCUUUUAGGCAUCUACAAGAUUCCACAGGUAAAAUAUUUGGAUUGGCUAUGCAGCUUUCCCGCAUGGAAACCUAGCCAGAUGGGUGGGAUAUAAUUAAUAACUAUUAUUAUUAUUAUUAUUAUUAUUAUUAUUAUUAUUAUUGGAUAAUAUUUACCUUUCUACUGUUGGCCUUUUCAGUUUUUUUUUGUUCUUUUUGGAAAGAAAGUGUCAGUCUGCAAACAAUGAAUGUGUGGUUAACACAACUGUGUAAUUGGCCCCCUAUUCAUGCAAGAGGAAAAGCGAACAAUUAAUCCCAUUCUUUAUAGGAAGGCACAAGUGGUAACCUUCUCUCCCUCCCCAAAACAACUACAAAUGGAAUUGCCACCACUCAAGGGUAUGUUUUGCAACUGGGCCAGAGCAUCUCCCAGUGGCAAUUGUGACACCUGGCAUAGAAUGGGUAGUCAAAGAUAGAAUAAGAAACCUAGCAACUGACUAAAUGAUCAAAUAAACGAAGUGUUCCUUGUUCAUUUAAAUAAAAUAAACAAUAAAAUACUAGCAACCAAAGAAAUGGGAUCCUCAUAACAGAGGGUUCUGGUUGCGUGUGGGACCCAAGAGCUCACCUGAUAGGGUUAGAAUAGGGGGGGGAGUAAGAGGUCCUGGCCAUCCCCCUGGGAUCACACCAGGUGAUUUUAGCUGACAGCCAGUGAGUGGCGUGAUCCCAGGGGCUUUAGAAACGGCAGUGUGACGCAAGGAGGGGCACUUGCUUCGCACUCUUGAACACCCGCCCACCCUCCCUAGUUUAGAUACAGUUGCUUGGCCUUACUUUGGUUUGGGUUGCCUGUUUUGGAACAGGGGUUGGGUAGGAAUUUUUCCAUUUGACAGAUUGCCUUUCGGCAUUUGGUUUUCACCUACCCCUUGGCAAAUCGUUACAACUUGUAAGGUGGCGGUUAGGCAUUGGCUCAGUUGGAUUGUGUGGGGGGGGGAGGUGCGGCCAUCACCUGCCCCUCUAGGAACUGUGUAUUCCGUUAAAGGAAUCUGGGCAUCCUGGAUCUCGUCCGAAGUCCGCUUGAGGGGCUAGGGCCAUGCCAGGACCACAGAAACCUCGGGGUGAGCUUAGGUUGGUCCUCAUCGACCUAGCUCCCUCGUUUGGUUUACCCCAUUGGAUGAUCACCCUGAGAGGUGGAAUCAGUGAUAGUGGGGAGUCAAUGCCUAAGCCAAUACCUCUCACGUGAUUGUAUUUCAAUAAAGUUGUGGCCAAAACUUUGCCCCAAAACUUAAACUAAUAUAAGUGUCCGUGUGUAUUUAUUUUGGUUUUUUUAAUGAUAUUUAUUACUUUUUUAACAUUUCCAACACAAACAAAAAAACAAAAAGGAAAAAAAGAAAAAACAAUGCAAAUACAAUACAAAAACGCUACAUAAACUAAAAAAAACAAAUAAAAACAGGCAAAAACAGUUUAAAAUUACCUCAAACAUUUUCAAUAUCUUAUAUUUCAUUCACUUAUUUCCAGCGACCUCCUCCCACCUCCCUUUUUGCAUUCCACUUCUAUUAUUUGUUUCAGCAAUUCCUUUCCAUCUUACUCUGUUUUCUGUUCUAUAAUUAUCUUUACACAUUCUUGCCAUACUUUUCCUUAAUUAUUCUAUUAAUCUAUUUAUACCUAAUUCCUUAUGACAUUUCUGCUAAAGCCAUAUAAUUUCAUUCCAACAUUUUUGUAACAUUCCUUAAUUUUACAAUAUCUCUAUAAAUGGUCUUUAAACUUUUUCCAAUCUUCUUCCACCGACUCUUCACCCUGGUCUCGGAUCUUGCCAGUCAUUUCCGCCAAUUCCAUAUAGUCCACCAAUUUCAUCUGCCAUUAUCCAACGCUUCAAUGUUUUCAAAAAACAACCAUUCUCUCAACCAGCAAAAAGCAGGUGGUUCACAGCAAAAUUUAAAGGUCUGGCAGGGCAGGUCCUCCUCCUUCUUUGGCAUCCAUCAAUAUCUUAAGUUUUACUCGAGGCUUCCUGCCCUGCCAGACAACUCUAGGAGCAUCCCUCUGCCACCUCCUGAAACCCUCCAUCCUAUCCAAAGCUUGCAGUGUUUGAAACAAAAGCAACAUCCCCAACAACACAGCAGCCCUCAUCCCUACCACAAUAACUCGACCCAACAGUGACAACUUCUGAUUUGUCCAUAUUUCCAAAUCCCCCUUCUCUUCAAUCCAGCAUCCUUCACGGUUAUCCUUAAGCAGAUUCACAUUUUUGGCAGUCAUGUCAACCCCCAAAUACCUCUCUUUCUUAACCAAUGUUAGUAUCGCCUCCUGAAACUCUGUCAAGCUUUCCUUUUCCAAUUCAGAUAGGGCUCUGGUCCUCAAAUUCAUCCGUUCUUCUUCAAGUUCAAUCCUAACGAAUGUCAACUUAUGUUCGUCAGGUUGACUUUGUAUGGAUGGGACUCUCCUCUCCAGUUGUAUUAUUUUAGAUUCAGCAGCAAGGGUUUUUCCCCUGACUUCAUCUGCAGUUUGCCAUAUCGAAGUAGAUUCCUGUGUCAGUUUCUGAGUGGUUUCUGAAUUAGUAUUCACCUUUUGUCCCAAGUUAUUUAAGCUUUCUACUGUUGAGUCAAUUUCAAUAUUUGCAACAUCCAAUUUCACAUUUCUCGCAUCUAGUUUCUUGUGGAGUUGUUCCAGCGAAUCGUUUAUUUUCAAUAAUGCAGCCACUAAGGCCUCCUCUGUCGACAUCCCGCCUGUUUUUCCUUUCCGUUUGCCAUAACACUUAAAAGAUUCAAGGUCAAUUCCAAAGUCUCACACUUUCUUAUCUUGCAGCUGGAAAAUCCCCUAGCCCAGCUCCUACCAAGUAACCAAUUUCAAAAGCUUCCACUAGGGGAAAGCGAGUUGUAUUUUUAUCGGUCAGUAUGUCCUCUUUUAAACACAGUUUCAAUAAUCCAAAAUUAGUUUCAAUUUUCAGUUACUUUCCUCCUUUUUUAAUAAAGUUCAGUAAGAUUGUUUCAAUUUUCCAUUACUUUACUCCUUUUUAAGUGCAGACGAAGACAAUGGAAACAAUGUAUCUCUCUUAUGCUAGCUGUCACCGAACGUUCUAUUCGCUGUCAAUGAACCUUCCAAGUCACGUCGAUUUUACUGGCAGCCCGUUUCCAGGUUCGGAACAGUGGUAUUUUAACUUCCUCACUCACUCCUGCAGGGAUAUACAAUCCACAGCCUCCCCCCUCUUCUCCUGCUUCCAAGGGGGGGGGGGUUAAUAUUUUAUACUGAUGAAAAUUUAGUCCAUUACAGUGGGCUUUCCAAGACUUUAGCUUGCAGCCUCUUUGCCUCAGUCUUAUUUACAAAAAGGGGAGGUGGACUUCCUGUUUUGAAUCUCCCCAUUUCGGUGCCAAAAUAAAACGUUUAAAAAUCCAAUUCUUCACUCUACUCACGGGUAGUUGCUUUAAAAUCAAAUUGUCCACAGGAAAAAGUCAGCGCUCUCCAGCAACAGCUAUGCGGCUUCGCUUCGUGGAAGAAGCAGUCGAUCUGAAGCACCGCGCCGCUCACCCCACAUCGCUCCGGAUCCCCGAAACCGGGUUUCCCUGCGAGUAGGGGAGGUGCAAAAGGUGCCCGCCGAAUCCCACGUUCACAGGCUUCAACCACCUGUGAUUUUUAGUGGGUCUCCGCCUUCGCCGUGGCGGCCAGACCCAAAUUUCCACGAGGCAAAUUCCUCCCAAUCAGAGGAAUUCCGCCAUUGCCGGUGGCGCCAACCCGGAAGUCUCCCGUGUGUAUUUUAUUUUGGGGGUGGGUCUUGGGGCCUCGAGACGCAAAUGGUACAAGCAGUAAAGUACAACUUGGUAAUAGCUGGGAUAGCUGGGAUAGCAGGCUUGUUGGUUUUUGAAUGUCUGAUGUAGAUUUUUUCAAUUUCAUUGUUCUGUAUGGGACAAUGACAGUAAAGCUUAUCGUAUUGUAUCAAAUGAUGGUCAGUGGCAAGUCCCUGCUAUAUAGUCUGAAGACAUUUGUUUUCUCUAUUAUGACUUUUCAGGAGUAUCUUAUGUCACCCCCCACUCACCCAAUGAACUCUUGAAAAAAAGACUAUCCUGACAUUUUACUGAAAUUUGCAUGUCUUUUUACUUAGAUUGCCUAUUGUGUAAUUGCUCCAGUGACUGAUGUUAAAACCCAUCUCCCUUCAUUCUACCGGAUGGUGCCCAAUGAAGAAUAUCAGUAUGAAGGGAUAGCUCAGCUUCUUUUGCAUUUUAAAUGGACGUGGGUUGGAAUCCUCACAAUGGACGGUGAUAAUGGAGACAAGUUUUUCCAGACCUUGAUUCCAAUGCUUUUGAAACAUGGAAUCUGUAUAGCCCUCAAGGGAAAAAUUCCAGCCACCUCUCAAGCGGCAGAUACACAUACUUCCUUUGAUUCCAUCUUAGACGAAGCUAUUUAUCUAUCGAAUGCCAGUGUUCAAGUGUUGAUUGUAAAUGCAGAAACUAUUACUAUCUCUUUUUUGUUAAUUAAAAUAUAUGCAUAUGCAGCACAGGAGUCUAUUCUACCAUUAGCUAUGGGGAAAGUGUGGAUCAUGACAGCCCAAUGGGAUUUCUCAGCAGACACAAUACAGAUGGAGAUGGAUAUGGAUAUGCAAGUCUUUGAUGGUGCCUUCACUUUUGCAAUACACUUAAAUGAAGUGAGGGGGUUCAGAAAAUUCCUGCAGACUGUUCGUCCUAAAUCAAAAAAUGAAGAUGGGUUUAUUUUGCUCUUCUGGGAAAAGGCAUUCAACUGCUUAUAUUCUGAUUCUAUGGAUGGCAUGGAAAAUAAUAAUAAUGCCUGUAGUGGUGAAGAGAAUUUGGAGAGCCUCCCUGGGACACUCUUUGAGAUGAGUAUGACCGGCCAAAGCUACACCAUCUACAAUGCAGUUCAUGCCAUAGGACAUAGUUUACAUAAGAUGUACUCAGCCAGGCGGCAACACAGAGCCAUGCCAAACAGAGGUAGAGUGAGUCCAGUAAAAGUACAACCUUGGCAGGUAGUGUUUCUCAUCCAAAGUUAAUUUCUUUGAAAGCUGUAUGCACAUAUCUGCUAACAAUGUCCUGUGUUCCUUGAAUACUUUGCCCACUCACGUGACUUCUUUACUCCUUGUAAUUUUUUAUUAAUAAUACAAAAGGUGGAUAGAAUUCCAGAGUUAAAAGAGAACAGGAAAAAACUGCUGGUUUAUUUAUUUGGAACAAACAACCCUAUUGUUCCUAUAAUAGGGUGUCUCUACCCUAUUAUAGAGACACAUAAUUAUUAUAUUAUAUAAUCCAUAUUAGGGCAACAUAUUCAUUAGGCCAACUAAAAUGUUGCAAAACAUGAUCGCCUAAGAAAGUAUUAGCCUACUAUGGAUCUGGAGCAUUGGUUUUUGUUUUUGUAAUGGUCCCACACAAGUAUCUUUCUUUCUUUUCUUUUUUUGUUAUUUUUAUGACUUUACAUAUAAUGGUUUGGUGUUGUUAAGUAUAAUAUUUUACUGCUUAAAUAUGCUGGAUGUGAUUAAUUCUACAAGUGCCAAUUAUAUGCACAAAUUGAAGAAUUUUGCAAAAAGAAACAGUUAUCUCACUAUUUCCUCUCCAUUUACAUCAGAAGACAAGGAAGGCAUAUAUACUUCCCUAUACCCCGAGGUUCACAGAAAAGAUCAACAUAAAAGCCACAAUAUAUUUAAUCAAAAUAAAAAUAGCACCCCAAUAACACCUCCCCAUUGGUCCCAUUGGUGCACUGGUGGGAAUUGUUAUUUUGGAAGAUGUUCAGUAGGGCCCGUUCUGGAGUAACCUCUGGUACCUGUUUAGUCAUUUUGCUUACCGUAUUUUUCGCUCCAUAAAACACACUUUUUUCCUCCUAAAAAGUAAGGGGAAAUAUCUGUGCGUCUUAUGGAGCAAAUGUGUGGUCGAUCCCUGGCUCCCUUUCUGGUCCCGCCCCCUUGCCCAGGCCUCCAUUGUUGAAUGUUCUGCAGACCGAGGCUGUUUGUUUCCCCAGCGACAUGUGAUUGGCUGAUUAGAUUAUAUGUCUGGAAACUGUAGAAACAACUCCUUUUCCUUUCCUAAAGAAGCUGCAAAACUGUGAGUUUAACCCUAUAAAAACAGGAUUUUUUUCCCUUUGCAAAGUAAGCUCAACAGCUUUGAUCUGAUCCUCUAAAAACUGGGGCUUUUCCCCUUUCCUCCUCUAAAAACUAGGUGCGUUUUAUGUUCAGGUGCAUCUUAUGGAGCGAAUAAUAUGGUAUUUCUUGUACGACUGUUGUCCAGAAGUUGGGUUUAGGGGCAUUCCCACCACAUGUGGAGGUCUAUUCCUGUGGAAGUGUAGCCUCUUCAGCAUUUUUGUGAGGUUCCUGGGUGUAUCAGGGCCAGUUUCUGUGGUGUUCGGUACCAUCUGUAAGUGAGUUUCAUAGUGAGUUCUUUUCUUUUCACUGAUAAGGGAGGUUUAGACCACAUUCUAGUCUACCGAGUGGCAUUAAUUUCAUAGCCUAUGUCAUCUUCCCAUAGUUUUUUUUUAUUGUGUUGUAAUCAUAUAAAUUCUUUAAUGAGAUUAAUUAAAUAAACAGGGGCUUGUGUAUAUAACAGGUCUCCUACAUGGGCACCGCCAUUACACUUCUUCAAAGGGUUUUGAAAAUAUUGAUAAUAAAUGAAAUGAAAAUUAAAAAUUAAAAUAAAAUAUGUGGGGGGGGGUUGUCCCUGUCUGCACAUCUCCGCUGACAGGGGAGGGCCCAUGUGGCAUUUGUCUUUCCCCAGUGUGGUCCCCAGAAUGUGGUUCCUCACUGGGCCCCAGUCUGCUCUUUUGCGCCAGUUACCAAGGAUAUUGGCUUGGUGUCAGGCCUGGGCUAGGCUGCACAUUCCCUCACAGCCUCCCUGACUUUCUCGGUCCCCUCCUGCCAUUCUCACUUGGCAGUGGUGGUGGUGAUGGCAGCAGCAGUAAGUUGGAGGCCUCCAGUCUAGGAAUUUCAUUGGGGCUCUCUUGGUCCUGGUGGGAUCAAGAUUGUCGGGGUAUGGGUGUGUGAGGCUCUGCGCUGCCUCUUCACUUGUCAUUUUGGGCUCCCUGGGCUCCCUUUUCAUUGCUGUGAUGGUGAAGGUGGUGUGGGGACCAGACAAGCAGCUUGGUUGGUUCUGGUGGUCCUUAGGAGUUCAGUGCGGCUAUGGCACUCACUAUCUUGCCUCGCCAAAAGUCCCUCUUUUUAAAAAAUUUGGCUUGCACUUUUUUUCAUUCCAGCUUCACUCUUUCUUGCGAAGUAUCUCCUUUAACAACAGUGCUGGUGACAGAGUGUCAUUUGAUGAGAAUGGUGAAUUAGUAUCUGGAUUUGAUAUUGUAAACUGGGUACUUUUCCCAAACAAAUCGUUUUUACGAGUGAAAGUAGGAGGGAUGGAUCCACAGGCUUUACCGGAUCAGAAAUUCACAGUGAAUGAAAAGGCUAUCACAUGGCACAGAAUAUUUAACCAGGUGGGAUCCAAAUAUAGAAAUAAGAUAAAACUUAAAUUAGUAACAGGCACAAUAAAGAACCAUGCCAGGUGAUUCCAUUCAGUAGAGGAGUCAAACCUUCUGUCUACUUAUUUAUAUGUACAUGGAAAAUAUAAGAGCAAGUGCUAAAUGGGAAGAGUUCCAACAAUUAGCCUUGAUAAUUCUUCACACCCUGUUCUAUUAUUAUUCUCAGUAACAUAUAAGGGGGACUAAAUCAUAGAGCAGAGUAGUUGACUAAGUGAUUAUUUUCUCUCUCAUUAAUUCAGUUAUAUACUGCCCAUAUAUAUUAACACCUCAUUAUUUAAAAAGUAUAAAGGCCAAUCCAAAUUUUAAAACAUUGUAAUAAAUAAAUGUAAGUCAGUGCAAGAGAAGGUAAAUUUAAAACUGCUGCCCUACUGUAUUAUCUUGACAAAAUGAAAAAAAUGAACAAGGCAUCAACUUCCAAGGGUCAUUUUCCUAGUGAGCAGAUUUUUCUUGUAUAAUAAAGUCCUGGUGCGAUAUCCUGGCCAUUCUUAGUUCUAUGUUAGGAGUUUUCUUAGACACAGCCAAACAGAAUUAAGAACAGAAUUUGAUAUCAAAAAUGUAAGCUGGUUGUUUCUAGUGUCCUGUAUCCUUGCUCUGUUCUUUUCACUGGUUCUGCAUUCUCAUUCCUAAUCUUACUGAAAGGUAGAAGAAACAGCUUGUGAAGAAAUCAGCAACUGGCCGAUGAUGAGCUUGAAUCAAUUUGUCUGAAAGCCACACAUGCAAAAUCAAUUUCCCCCCUUUUCCCUUUCUAUCUAUCUAGCAUUAAUGUACAAAAUUCUUGUGGGAUUUGAUGCUUUUGAAUCACUUAAAUCUCAUUUACCAUGGGACUCAAUGUUCUCAACAGCAGCAUUUUGUGUGUGUGUGUGUGUGUGUGUGUGUGUCUGUUUGUAAAGGUACAUCAAUUUAUUUCUCUUCAUUUUUAAUGGAUAGGUGCUGCCACUUGCCAGAUGUAAUGAUCACUGUCAUCCAGGCUACAGCAGAAAAAAGAAGGAGGGAGAGCCAUUUUGUUGCUAUGAUUGCACUCCAUGUCCAGAUGGAAAGAUUUCAGACCAGAAUGGUAGAAGACAUAGUGACCUAAAUGAUGGAUUGCACAUUGAAUCCCCUUUUUCUGCUGUCAAUAUAGUUCCCUAA